UACUCUCCCUCUCUCUCCUCUUUAAUUUGAUUAUUUCCUCUCCCCCUUCUCUUCCAACACUCCCACUCACAUUCUUCCCGCUGAGUAGAACACAGCUCUCUCUCUCUAAAAUAGACAGCGAAUUAGCACACACAUUGUGCAAUGCAACGUUGGCAGUGACAUGAGCGGGGGGUGCAUUUCAUUAUUAAUCACUCACUUAUGAAUACCACUUCUGCAGACCCAACUGCGCCCCCGCCUCCGCCGCCGCAGCAGCAGCCGCCGCGGUCCUCGUUCAGCUGCGACCGCCACCCCACCGAGCAGUUCACCGGAUUCUGCCCCUCCUGCCUCUGCGAGCGCCUCACCACCCUCGACAACUCCUCCUCCAACACCCCCUCCUCCUCCCGCCGCCCUUCCUCCGCCUCCGCCGCAAUCAAAGCCCUCUUCUCCUCCAGCUCCAAACCUCCCCCGCCCCCGAAACCCUCCAAAUCCGCCACCUCCUUCCUCCCCGAACUCCGCCGCACAAAAUCAUUCUCCGCUUCCAAGAACGAAGCUUUAGGGCUCUCCUUGGAGCCGCAGAGAAAAUCCUGCGACGUUAGAGCGAGAAGCACUCUUUGGACGCUCUUCUCGCUCGACGAAGCCACUAAAAGUGGCAUUAAUCACACCAAACCAACCCCCGCUCCCGCUUCUUCUUCCUCCAAUCAAAACAGCAAAAAAAUCGAAUCUUGCGCCGUUUUCGAGGAAAUCGAAAAUGUAGAGGAUAGCAUCCCGUUGGUAGAUGAGGAAGGAGAUGAAAUUAGGCCUGUUCAAGAUUCCCAUUUGGAGGGUUUGAGAAAAUCGGUCGAGUUGAAGUUAACCAGCGGUGAAAUCGUGGGAGAAGCGCCUAUGAAGGAUCACAUAGAUCUCAAUUCACAGGAAAAGAAGAGCUCCGGAGGGAAAAUCUGGGCUGCUGCUUCAGUCUUCAGCAAGAAAUGGAAUAACUGGAGGAGGAAGCAGAAGGUGAAGAAACAGAGCAAUGGCGAAAACCUAGCUACAUUGCCCGUAGAAAAGCCUAUCUCGAGGCAGUUUAGGGAGACUCAGUCCGAGAUCGCUGAUUACGGAUUUGGGAGGAGAUCCUGCGACACCGAUCCUAGGUUUUCACUCGACGCCGGAAGGAUGAGCUUCGACGAUGCACGAUACUCAUUUGACGAGCCUCGUGCAUCGUGGGAUGGCCAUCUGAUUGGGAGGAGCUUCCCGAGAAUGGCUCCUAUGGUCUCUGUAAUGGAGGAUGCACCAGCUGCAGUGUCCCGCACUGAUAUGCAGAUUCCGGUGGAGGAGCCGGCCAGCGAUGAAGGUGUGCCGGGAGGGACGUUGCAGACGAGGGAGUACUAUCUAGAUUCCUCCUCCUCGUCGAGGAGGAGGAAGAGCCUUGAUAGGUCUAGCUCGAUUAGGAAGACUGCAGCUGCUGUGGUUGCUGAGAUUGAUGAGCUUAAGAUGGCUAAGGUCUCCCCUGCCAAAGUGUUGGUGGACUCGAACUCGAACUCUCUGAGAGAUGAUCUCUCGGAGACGUUUGAGCUGAGCAGCGGGUUGAGGGAGGCGAAGAAGUCGAGGAGGUGGAGCUGGAGGAUAUGGGGGUUUAUACAACGACGUGGUGGUGGGAGCAAGGAUGAGGAUGAGGAGGAGGAGGAGAAGUACAGCAGGGUUAACGGGGUGGAGAGGUCGCUCUCCGGGUCAUGGCAGGAGACGAGGAGGGACGGGAAGGGAGGCGGAUUCAAUAGAAACAUGGUGAGGAGCAAUAGUAGUGUGAGUUGGAGAAACGGCAGCAGCCACAUUGAGCAGACGUUUGCUAGUGGUAGGAGGUCGAGUGUGGAGAAGAAGAGGGGCGAGUUCGUGUUGGAGAGGAAUCGGAGUGGUAGAUAUUCGCCUAAAGGCAUCGACAAUGGCCUUCUCCGGUUCUACUUGGCGCCUGUGAGGGGCGGCCGGGGAGGAGGAGGAGGGAUGGGGAAGAUGAAGCCGACGAACUCGCAGCCCAUCGCAAGAAGUGUGCUGCGCCUCUACUGAGGUCCUCUGCUUUGUUCCUUUGCAGUUUAGUGUUGAAAGAUUAGCUGCAUUUCCAUAUCUUUAAUCAAUCAAUCACAUGAUCAGUUAUAAUAUAUUGUUGUUUGCUAUGCAUUUUCAAGAUUACUAUGAUCAGUUCAUUUCUUCCAAUAAUGAGAAUUACUUUUUGUUCUUA